AUGGCUGCAUCGAAGCUCAAGGAGUUGAAGAACUUGCUUGGUAAUCUUAACGACGAGGAAAUCGAAUCGGUCUUUCGUAUUAUCAACAAGCCAAAGACCACCAAUGCCGCCGAAACAACAGCCUUUAUUGAUAUCGAUGAUAUUGAUGAUGACAUCCCCCUACCUGAUAUUGACUUCAAUUUCCCGACCUCAGGUCGAGGGCCUGCUUCUCGGGACGUCUAUUACGACGACGACAAUGAGGGUGCCGAACGAUCCCGCAAACGACCGCGAGCCACCCUUGACUCAUACGGCACUACUCCAAGCAUUUUCGAUGUCGCCCAUGACCCAUACGUCACUACUCCCAGCUCUUCGAAGUCCACUUCUCUGAAUUCAUCUCGAGGAGGCCGCUCUUCGAAGUCCACUUCUCCGACUUCAUCCCGAGGAGGAGGGCUCGCGGCAUCAAUCUGGUCCUCGAAUUCCUCUAUUAGCCCGUCCUCCCCAAUUCCAUCAUCUCCACCUGAAACGUCCUCUCAAGGUGUUGUCUCUGUCCGAGGAGGGAAACCUCCGCCCCGGUACCAAGGAAGCUACGAAGCUGUUUCUGUGCCGAUGAAAUCCCAAAAGAAGAAGUUCAAGUCCGGUAAAUAUACAGGGCAAAAUUUCUUGCCGGCGAUAGCAGACAUGUGCAGCAACGACCCAGAUUAUGUCUUGUUCCUUUGGCACUCCGGUGUCCUACAGAAAGGCCACGAUAAUUGCGAUCCUGAUGUCGUCGACGCGAUCGGCAAUCAUGAAACCUUGAACCCCCAGGACAUCCAAUCCUAUGGCCGACUUCUCCCUGCGACGGAGUUUUUCAUUUGUUUCGGCGAGACGCAAACCGGAAAAACUAUGGCUGAGUUGCCUGGGGACUAUGCCACCUCAAUGGCUGAAAAUAACGUAAUGAAGCGGGCACACCCUUGGUUUGUGGAGGCCUACUACUUAGCGUGUAAGGAAGGUCGUUUCGGCAAUAUCAAAAAAGGGAACAUGCAGAAGCGAUGCCCGGACAAGAAACAACGCCCCAUCAAGAGCUGGUAUCGGAAAAGCACGCAUCCGUUCAAGAAGGAUGAAGCUCAUCAGAACGCGGCCAAGGAAGCAAACGGGGGCAACAAACCAGCCAUCCAGGUCGGGAAGAGCGAUCAGGAGACGGAAAAGAACAAGGGGGGAAAUAUCCCGGGAGGAGAUGUGCUGCGAUUACCUGGAGAUGCCACCGUUUGA